UGGCCGCUCGUGCUGGGACCCGCCAGGUUCACAGAGAUCCGGGCCGAGGUCCAAGGCCAGGGACUGCUCCCGGCAUUCCUCGCGGGCGUGGCGUAGGCUCCCCUCGCCGAUCUCCAGGUACCGCGAGUGGGAGACCCUCGGGCUUUGAGGUAGCAUGGCCCAGGCCUUGAUUGAGGUGGAGCGGAAGUUCGUUCCUGGCCCUGACACACAGAAGCGGCUGCAGGAGUUGGGGGGCACCCUGGAGCACCGGGUCACCUUCCGGGACAGCUACUAUGAUACCCCUGAGCUGAGCCUCAUGCGGGCUGACCACUGGCUGCGACAGCGAGAGGGUAGUGGAUGGGAGCUCAAAUAUCCGGGCGUGGCAGUGGUCUCAGGACCUCACACUGAGUAUGUGGAACUCACAGUUGAGCCUGCAAUUGUGGCCCAGCUCUGUGAGGUGCUGGGGGCUGACAUCCUGGGGGCUGGAAGUGUGGCUGUUGUGCUGGGCCCACUGGGGCUGCAGGAAGUAGCUAGUUUUGUGACUAAGCGUAGUGCCUGGAAGCUGGUGCUAUCCGGAGCUGAUGAAGAGGAGCCUCUGCUCAGGGUGGACCUGGAUACAGCCGACUUCGGCUACGCUGUGGGUGAGGUAGAAGCCCUGGUGCACGAGAAGGCUGAGGUCCCGGCUGCCCUAGAGAAGAUCAACAGCCUCAGCAGCAUGCUCGGUGUGCUGGCGCAGGAGAGAGCGCCUGCCAAGGUGAUCAUGCACCUACAGCGCUUCCGGCCUCAGGACUACCAGCACCUGCUAGAAGUAUUCAGCCCCAGAGAGAGGCCACAGGGGACUAAAGCUCCAGACAGCAGCUUGGGCUAGGGUGUCACUUCCUCAACAGCAAAGAGAACUCUGGGUCUAACAGGGUUCCCUCCUGAGCACACUGUGCCUCUUCCCCUGGCCUCCUUCCCACAGUGACUCCUCUCUCUCCAGCCCUGCCUGUUCUUUCACCCUACCCCCAGCUAUCCUUCCUUGAGCCCUCCCUGGCUGCCCCCUCCCUCAUCCGUCAGAUGCAAUCUGUGGGCCGCCCCUCUCCCCUGGCCGCUAAGCAGCCUCCAUUGAUUUCCGCUCGUGUUUAUAGGAUUUCCACUUAGCCGUGAUCAGUAGUUAAGCACAGGAAAAUCCCUUGCCACCCCCCCUCCCUUGGUCGAUGCCAUUGAUUCUGCCAGCGCCUCCUAAACCGCC